AAUCUGGAUGCUUCGUUAUUUGUGUAGAAUCCGACCCGAUUCGUUUUAUUGCUCUUUUUGCUUCGUCGUCGAUCUUGGCGCUCUGGAAAUUUCUCGUCGCAACGUUCUUCUCUAUUGGCUCAAGUUAGAUCUCCCUUUACUUGUAUCAAACACUGUUCCAGUAAGCCAUGGCGAAGCAUCACCCUGAUUUGAUCAUGUGCCGGAAACAACCCGGAAUUGCUAUUGGACGACUGUGUGAGAAAUGCGAUGGGAAAUGCGUGAUUUGUGAUUCUUAUGUGCGUCCGUGUACUCUAGUACGUAUUUGUGAUGAAUGCAACUACGGGUCAUUCCAAGGUCGGUGUGUUAUAUGCGGUGGCGUUGGAAUCUCAGAUGCUUAUUACUGCAAAGAGUGUACACAGCAGGAGAAAGACAGAGAUGGUUGCCCCAAGAUUGUUAACCUUGGCAGUGCGAAAACCGAUCUCUUCUAUGAACGCAAGAAAUACGGAUUCAAAAAACGAUGAUAGUUCGGUAUUUCGUGAUUUGUACGGUCCUUUGAUUACUUGAUUUGGAUCUCUUAUGCUAUGUGUAAACUUGUUUGUUGACCCCCGUUGCAUAAAACAUAUAUUCCAAUAAAACCUGAAGAUAUUGGAUACAAAACCUAAGUUAUGCUUUGUUUUAUGAUUUUCUUAAGUUACACAUGUUUCUCUCGAUUAUUUCUUAAUACUUAAAAAUUAUAUAUA